AUGAUUAGAUCAAGACUAUCGGAUGGCGAGCUGACCGCACUGGCGGCUCGCAUCCAACGGGAUUACGGCUACGACAAAGCCAGCGGACGGCUCGUCAACGCCAAGACUGGCAGGCUGAUUGACCACAUCAACGGCAACGGCAUGGACAACCGCAUCGAGAACCUGCGCGAGGUGACGCAAUCGGAGAAUAUGCGGAACAUGGUUUAUCCGUGGAAGGCUAACGCCGACACUGAAUUGGCUUUAGAGAAGAUCAAGGCUUUUGAAGGUUGCCGACUCCAGGCUUAUCAGGACGCGGCAGAGGUAUGGACUAUUGGCUACGGCCACACGAAGAAAGUGAAGCCGGGCGACAAGAUUUCGCAGUACUGGGCUGACGAGUACUUAAAAGAGGACAUCGAGGAGGUGGAGGCGCAGAUUGAGGAGCUCGGCCUGACGCUGAGCCAGCCGCAGCUGGACGCGCUGGUGUCGUUCGUGUUCAACGUCGGCAUCGGCAACCUCCGGCGUUCGACGCUGCUAAAGUGGAUUCGCGACGGACGCAACGAGAACGACAUCAAGCGUGAGUGGCGUCGGUGGGUCUAUGCGGGCAAUCCUCCGCGCACGCUGCCCGGACUCAUCAAGCGCCGCGAGUGGGAAAGUAUCAGAUAUUUCAGUGGCUUGACGCGCGAACAAAGGCGCGAGGUGUUGUCGGAAGUAGACCAGUACGUGAAGCUGCUGGAGAGCAACCAACGACUGCCGCGUAUGCUUUGCCUGAAGUACGCCCUGUGUACGUCGAUAGUGUUCGACUAUCUCUACCGUGCCGGUCAGCUGUCGUCGACCAAGGACGGCUUCGACCCCGAAAUCCGUAAGCGUAUCACCGAUGUCAUCAUUUCGUUAGCCAAUGAGCAUGAUGCAGACUGA